CUGGCUUAUGGACGGACAACGGUACCCUCUAUCAACGACGGAAGGUUGCGACCUCGUUCUCCUUGUCCCGUGUCAUGAUCCACCGACAAUUACUUCCCAUAGGGGUAGGAAUUUCAAACUGGAUCGAUAAGGACAUUGAUUGUCUAGGCACCGAGGCUCACGCGUCUCAUUCUUGCGUGCGUGUGACUUGCGCCGUUAUAACAGCGCACGGGUACACCUUUUGCAGUACCAGACGAUUCAGUUGAUCAGCAGAAUACGGCAGAUGCAAAGAUUUAGAUUCCAAGGACUCCGCGGAACUGUGAGUGCCAAUAAUGGAUGAAUUGUCGCGGGCUUGGUGAGAUGCUAUGAGGGUGUUUAUGUUGGGCUUCUUUGCAUCCCUGCAAGUUCGCCCAGGAAUAUUUUUGACACUUUCAGCUGAAGUCGCCGCGGACAGUCUUGCCUGCAAUAGUAGUCUCUGGCCCAGUUGUUUGUGUGUUGUUCAGCAGGGGAUCCAGACACUGAAGGUGAGACUAGUGGCACGGCAGCUAUCUUUGAGCACGCGCUUGUCGCAGUCAGUGACGUAGGGAGGUUCACGGAUAGCGAGAAACUCGGCGGCGGGGGUUACCUGCAAGCAGGUACCCGUAUCAGAUAGACGCACAGACGUUUGCCGUCAUCGCCAACUAACUUAACUGAAAACGGGGUCCGUUUUUCGCAUGAAGAGGUACGCGUGUCCAAAGAGUCUCAUGCACACGGCCAUUUUCAUCCGAUGAGUUACGUCCUCGUCACGGUGAAGCCCCUUUAUUGUCAGCAUUGAGGUGAAUGAACGUUGAGA